GUCGACCUCACCCUCACUUACAUUCACAAUGCAGGACGGAAGGGCUCCAAGGAUCAAAAACCGGGCACCCGCUGCCAUCCAAAUCACCGCCGAGCAACUUCUUCGUGAGGCUCAAGAACGACAGGAGACCCAGUUCCGCGCACCGAAGCAACGAGUUGAGGAUUUCGAGGAACUCCAUGAGUAUCGUGGAAGGAAGAGAAAGGAGUUCGAGGAGCGCAUUCGGCGGACACGAGGAAGCAUAAAGGAGUGGCUACAGUAUGCGAACUGGGAGGCUUCCCAAAAUGAAUUCGCACGAGCUCGUUCCGUCUUCGAGCGUGCACUCGAUGUCGACCCCCGAAGCAUACAACUAUGGCUCAAUUACACAGACUCCGAACUCAAGGCCCGUAACGUUCAACACGCUCGCAACCUCUUCGAUCGCGCCGUCACUCUUUUACCCCGUAUCGACCAACUCUGGUAUAAGUACGUUUACCUCGAGGAGCUCCUCCAGAAUGUCGCUGGUGCGCGACAGGUGUUCGAACGGUGGAUGGCAUGGGAGCCGGAUGACAAGGCGUGGCAGGCGUACAUCAAGAUGGAGCUGCGGUACGAGGAGUUUGAUCGUGCGAGUGCAGUUUACGAGCGGUGGGUUGCGGUCAGGCCGGAGCCGAGGGUAUGGGUGAAGUGGGGUAAAUUUGAGGAGGAGAGAGGGAAGGUCGACAAGGCAAGAGAGGUAUUUCAGACGGCAUUGGAGUUCUUCGGAGAUGACGAGGAGCAGGUGGACAAGGCACAGGCGGUGUUUAGCGCUUUUGCGAAGAUGGAGACACGGUUGAAGGAGUAUGAACGUGCUAGGGUCAUCUACAAGGCAAGCUAUCUGUGCUUCGCACUCUCGCGUCUGCCACGAUCAAAAUCCGCGAAUCUUUACUCCCUGUAUACGAGGUUUGAGAAGCAACAUGGAACACGGACGACGCUCGAAACUACUGUGCUUGGGAAGCGGAGGAUACAGUACGAGGAGGAGCUGUCGCAUGAUGGGAGGAAUUAUGAUGUGUGGUUCGAUUAUGCACGACUCGAGGAGGGUGCGUAUCGGGACUUGAAGGAGGAAGGUGCCACGGAAGAAGAAGAGGAACAGUCUGUGGGGCGAGUACGGGAGGUCUACGAGCGUGCAGUCGCUCAGGUCCCUCCAGGCGACCAAAAACGACAUUGGCGACGAUACAUCUUCCUAUGGCUCAACUAUGCUCUUUUUGAGGAAAUAGAGACCAAGGACUAUGCUCGAGCUCGCCAAAUCUAUCAAACCGCUGUACAACUAGUGCCACAUCGAGUAUUCACUUUCGCUAAAUUGUGGAUUAUGUUCGCCAAAUUCGAAGUUCGCAGACUCGCUCUUGACACUGCACGCAAAAUCCUCGGUACCGCUAUCGGUAUGUGUCCUAAGGAGGCCCUCUUCAAGGGUUACAUCCAGCUUGAAUUCGAUCUCCGAGAGUUUGACCGUGCACGAAAGCUGUAUGAGAAGUACCUCGAGUUUGACCCCACAAACUCAGCCGCAUGGAUCAAAUAUGCCGAACUCGAAACACAACUUGCAGACUACUCUCGUGCUCGUGCCAUCUUCGAACUCGGCGUCACUCAAUCACCGCUCUCCAUGCCGGAGCUCCUCUGGAAAGCCUACAUUGACUUUGAGGUCGAGGAAGGCGAGCGAGAGAAGGCGAGGUCGUUGUACGAGAGGUUGGUUGAUGUUAGUGGCCACUGGAAGGUCUGGGUGGCGUUCGCGCUGUUUGAGGCACAGGCGAUGCAGGUGCCGAGGGAUGAGAGGGACGAGGAGGAAGAGGAGGAGGGAGAUGAUGAAGAGGAGAAGGAGGUUAAGAUGGUGGAGGGGAGCUUGGAGAAGGCAAGGGAGGUUUUCCAGAGGGGAUACAAGAGCUUGAAGAACAAGGGGCUCAAGAACGAGCGUGUCGCUCUCCUUCAAGUCUGGAAGAACUUCGAGGAACAACGUGGCACAGAAGAGGAUGUCGAACGUGUGCAAGGCAUGAUGCCUGUACAAGGCAAGCGCCGUUACGUUGACGAAGAGACCGGCCAACUCGUCGAAGACUACGACUAUAUCUUCGCCGACGACGAACGCGAGUCCAACCCUACGUCCUUCAAGUUCCUCCAAAUGGCACACGCAUGGAAGGCAAGCGGUGGAGGCGGGCUUCUCUCUGGUUUCACCGCAUCGGCUGCCAAUGCCAAAGACGACGAGAGUGAAGAGGAGAGCGACGAGGACGACGAGAAGUCGUCGAAGGCUGGGGACGAUGAGCCUAUGGAUCAGGACCAGGAGAGUGUGGCAAGUUCAAAAGGAGACGAUUAGUUAGCCUUUUCGUUGUUCCCGUUUUCUGGUUCGUGCUGUUGUUGUACUCUUUCUGCCAUGAAUCUAGGCGGCAUUCUUGGCGUAUUUAACGCAG